GCAGAUGAUACUAGGUAUUACACUGCAAGACGCCCCCGGUUCGCACCUACAGCCAAACAGCUACAGCCCGAGAAUCUCCCAGCUGCAUGGCCCCGUCGAUAUGGCAGUGGGACUCGCCUACUGCACCGGAAAUACGGUAGGAUUCGACGAGGGAAAUGGCGUAACAUGCGGAGAACAGCACGCAAGACGCAGUGGGGAUGAGCGCACUCAGAUCGAGUCCUCUUCAUUUUUGCCCAACUACCUCUUACAUUUCCUCACAGGGUUUCCUCAUGACUCA